AUGAGGGUCCCCACUCAGCUCCUCAGCCUCCUGCUGCUCUGGCUCCCAGAUACCACUGGAGAAGCCACGUUGACACAGUCUCCAGCCUCCCUGUCUUUGUCUCCGGGGGAAAGCGCCACCCUCACCUGCAGGGCCAGUCAGAGUGUUAGCAACUACCUAGCCUGGUACCAGCAGGAACCUGGGCAGGCUCCCAGGCUCCUCAUGUAUGAUGCAACCACCAGGGCCUCUGGCAUCCCAGCCCGGUUCAGUGGCAGUGGGUCGGGGACAGACUUUACUCUCACCAUCAGCAGCCUGAAGCCUGAAGAUGUUGCUGUUUAUUACUGCUAUCAGUACUAUAGCGGCUCACUCACUGUGGCUUAUACGUUCGGCCAGGGGACCAAGGUGGAAAUCAAACGCUCUGAUGCUCAGCCAUCUGUCUUCCUCUUCCAACCAUCCAAACAGCAGUUAGAGACCGGAACUGCCUCUGUCAUGUGCUUAGUGAAUGGCUUUUACCCCAAAACUAUCAAAGUCAAUUGGAAAGUGGAUGGAGUUGUCCAAGACAGCAACAUCCAGGAGAGUUUCACUGAGCAGGACCGCAAGGACAGCACAUACAGCCUCAGCAGCACCCUGACGCUGUCCAGCUCCGAGUACCAAAGCCAUAGUCUCUAUACCUGCGAGGUCAGUCACCAGUCCCUGGCCUCCGCCCUGGUCAAGAGCUUCAAUAAGAACGACUGUUAG